AUGGCUACUAGUGUAAAGAUACUAGAGAAAAGACAAAAUCUACUCUUAGAUAGAACUGAAUUAGUCUUAUCAGUUUAUCACCCACAAGGCUCAACUCCUACUAAGAAGGCAGUUGCUAAGCAAAUUAGUGAACAAUUAAAUGUGGCCGUAGAUAACAUUAUUGUCCGUGAUUGUUCCACUCGUUUUGGAACUCAUAUCACUAGUGCAACGGCUAAAGUCUAUACUAAGAAGGCUAGUUUAGAGAGAAUUGAGCACAAGUUCGUUUUAGAUAGGAUUCUUAAGGAGACUGAAGGUAAGGAGGUAGUGAAGACACCACGUAAGAUCAGGAAGGAGGAGAAGAAUAAGAAGAAGAAGAUCAGAGGAACUAUGCAGGCCUACCUCAAGAAGGCCACCAAACGACAGGAGAAGAACGGCGGUUAA